AUGACUUAUUUCUGGUCCAUGUACGACGUUAGCCAGGCUACGGUUGCGUCGAUUUUAGAUUUGGACGUCGGGCACACAUUACCUGACUGGUUCAAUUUACAUCGAGAUCUAUGCAUUGAUUGGGCUUGUGAUAACCCUGCACGAAUAGGUGGCCCCCGACACAUCGUUCAGAUAGAUGAAAGCUGCAUCUCAUCUGCAAAAAAAUCAAGGAACCGAAAUGCACGUCCAGUUAGGACACACUGGGUUUCUGGAGGCAUCGAUAAGCAAACAAAAUAUGCCUUUCUGGUGGAAGUAGAUAAACGAGAUGCUGCCACGUUGUUGCCAUUGAUACAGCGACAUGUUCUGCCCAAUUGGUUUCAUAAAGUUUAA